UCCAAAACUUAAAAGCAUUUUUUCCGUUAGCAGUUCAUAGCUGAUUUCUAAAAUAAACGGAAAAGGAAGAAAUCUUUCGGAAGAAGAGGCGGUACGUUGCCUUCAAUGUCAUCGACAGUGAGGUCAUGGAGGAUGGCGUUUUUAACUCUGAGGGACGAGACCUUGGCGUCGCCGCCUCGCCCCACCGUCUUACACCUCCUCAAUCAUCUCAUUUUUUCCCAAUCCGAUUCUCUCAUCGCUGCCGCACCUGACCUUCCUCCGCAUGAGGUCACGUCUGACGUGAUGUUCCUGUUGGAGUUGGCUCGAAACAUUUCUCACACUGAAGGACUCGAGGACGUGAUUCUAUCCUUCAUUCAACUGUCCCACUUGAUCCACAGUGUCAGCGUCUGUGCUUCUUUACAAAUAAAUUCAACAUCUUGGGCCCUUGUGCUUGAUUCUUUUAGAAGGAUUACGGAAAUUUUCCUUGACAAAGCCCAAACAAACAACAUUUUUGUUGGGAAUGUUACAGUUAUUAAAGCCACAAAACUUUGCUUAGAAAGCAUACGGUGCUUUUUUAAUUUAUACCAGUCAAUAGCUCUAUUAUCAGAAACUGAGCAACUAUUGAACUUCCUUCUUCAAGUGGUCACAUGCUUUCACGAAGAGUCAAUAUACUCAUCUUGUUUAAGUGACAACUACAAAGCAUUUGGAUACAACGUGUUAGAAGUCCAAACAAUUGCAUUUACUAUGAUUGGUGAAGUAUACUCAAGAGUCCGUUCUUCCUUACCAUUUCAGAUUUGGCGGUCAUCAAUUGAGGUUCUCAGCAAAAUUAUGGAUGUCUUGGCAUCUAAAACCAUCCUUGUAGAAGAUACUAUCAUGGCCAUGUUUUAUAUUGAGCUUCUGCACUGCCUGCACUUGCUUCUAGAGGAUCCUAGAGGUUCUCUUUUAGGCCAUGUGGCUGGUUAUGUUGCAGCAUUGAGGGUAUUUUUUCAUUAUGGCCUUACUAACAAGUCCCAUCUUGGUUCAACAAGCAAAAACCUGAAUUUCGCAGAGUCAAGUAAAUCGAAAAGUAGCCGUUAUAAGCCUCCACACUUGAGAAAAAAGUUGUUGGAAAAUAUACAGCUUAAAGAUGAGGAAUCUCUGCUUUCUUCUCACCACGAGUUGAGCUUAUCAUCAGAUUCAGAUUGCAGUGAUAAUGAUGGACCAGCAACAGAUGCUUGCAAUCACCAUUUUGCUAAGGCUAGACUGGGUGCGAUUGUUUGUAUUCAGGAUCUCUGCCGAGCUGAUCCAAAAUUGUUCACUGCUCAAUGGACAAUGCUUUUGCCGUCCAGUGAUGUGCUAUCGCAAAGGAAGUAUGGAACUACAUUGAUGAGUUGCUUGCUAUUUGAUCCUUCUUUAAAGGUGCGGAUUGCGGCGGCCUCUACUGUUAUGGCAAUGUUGGAUGGACCAGCAUCUGUUUUUCUUCAGGUAGCAGAGUUCAGGGAAUCCUCAAGAUGUGGGUCUUUUACAGCACUUUCUAGCUCUCUUGGUCAUAUAUUAAUGCAGCUACAUUCAGGUACUUUAUAUUUAAUCAAACAUGAAACCCACAACAGACUGCUGGCGCUGUCAUUCAGAAUUCUGAUGCUUUUGAUAUCGUCCACACCAUAUUCACGGAUGUCUGCAGAGCUACUGUCAACAGUUAUUUCUUCAGUUCAAGCAAGAAUUGAUGACGGCUUCCCCUUGCGAAGUGAUCGUAAUAGCUUGCUGGCAGCUGCUAUUAAUUGCUUGACAGUAGCUCUUUCUGUUUCACCAUCCUCUGUACAUGUCUACAACUUUCUUAUAGUGGAAGCUUCAACAGGAUUUGUUGAUGGUCAACGGGAAUCUGGAGUUUUAUAUACCUUACUUCAUUAUUCCAAACAGUUAACAAGCGCUUCAGUAAGCUUAGAAGCACUCCAGGCUCUUAAAGCUAUGGCACACAACUAUCCUAAUACAACUGUUUUAUGUUGGGAGCAAGUUUCAUCUACUAUUUAUAGGAUUUUGAAAUUCUCCCCUGAUGAUCCAGCAAGAUCAUGGGGGGGUAAUGUUGAACACACCAUUGGAGCAAUCAGGGAGAGAGUCAUGGCAGCUGGGAUAAAGGUUUUGGAUGAAUGUCUUCGUGCUAUUUCUGGCUUUAAAGGAACUGAAGAUCUUUCAAGUGAUAAAUUGCUUGAUAGUCCAUUUACAUCUGACUAUGUCAAAACAAAGGCAGUCUCAUCUGCUCCAGUUUAUGGAUUAGAGAGCCCUGCAUCCACUGAGGAUGAAUCAAAAAUGUGUGUUUUGGCCAGCGAGCGGUGGUCUGAAGCAAUAGUCAAACACAUGCCUAUGAUCAUUCAGCAUUCAUCAGCCAUGGUAAGGGCUGCAUCAAUUACCUGUUUCGCAGGAAUGACUUCUUCAGUCUUCUUUUCUCUGCCAAAGGACAAACAGGAUUUUUGCAUCAGAUCUUCUAUUGAUACUGCUCUAAGCGAUGUUCCUUCAGUUAGAUCAGCUGCUUGUCGUGCCAUUGGUGUUAUUGCAUGUUUUCCAGAAAUAUUUCAUAGCACAGAGAUCCUUGAAAAGUUUAUCCAAGCUGCUGAGCACAAUGCUCAUGAUUCACUGGUCUCAGUGCGCAUUGCUGCUUCAUGGGCCUUAGCAAAUAUAUGUGAUUCUAUUCGACAUUGCAUAGAUGCACAGCCUUUUGAGACUGAUUCCAUAGCAUCGAGGGAGGGUGUUCGAUUUAUACCAUUACUAGCGGACUGUGCUUUGCAUUUAACAAGUGACAAUGACAAGGUAAACAAGCAACAUGCAACGAGUUUUCAACUAUAUUUGUUUCUAUUUUUCUCACUUUUGUCAAUCACAAUUUUCUCCACGUAGUUAUUAUGGUUGCCACUUGUAAUUCGUUUUCAACUAUAUUUGUCUCUAUUUUUCUCACUUUUGUCGGUCACAAUUUUCUCCACUUAAUUAUUAGGGUUGCCACUUGUAAUUCUCUCUAGUUGCUAACUGUUUAAGCUUUGGCAUGCAUGUGAUUUGUUCGUCAAAUUCUCGCAAGCGUACGGGUUCGUUGUACAAGUAAUAAUCGUGAUGAGAAAGUUCCUCCCACAGGGAAUAAUGAUCAAUUUCAGUAUAUUUGAUAUAUUUAAA